CAGCGAGUGAGGGGAGAGUUCUGCUCUGUGGUAUUCACCAAAUUUGGCAACAUUUCAAGCUUUACUUACCUAUGUACUGAAUGACGACCCUCUCGGUCCCCCACGACGAAAAAUGGAGCACAUCAUUACACCAAAGGUUGAGCAUGUGAAGCUGCUGGACAGAUAUGGGACCAAGAAAGCGGCCACUGGCACGCUGUACCUUACUGCCACACAUCUCAUCUAUGUGGAGUCUGCCAACAACACCCGGAUGGAGACCUGGGUCCUCCACCACCACAUCUGCUCGGUGGAGAAGCUGCCCCUGACCACCUCGGGCUGCCCUCUGCUCAUCCGCUGUAAGACCUUCCACCAGCUGCACCUGCUACUGCCACGGGAGAGGGAGUGCCAGGACGUCUACCAGUCGCUGCUGCGCCUCUCCCAGCCAGAAUCCAUCGAAGAGCUUUAUGCAUUCCUGUACAAUCCCCAACAACACGAGGAGGAGAGGCGGACAGGCUGGGCCACGGUGGACUUGGCUGCAGACUUCAGGAGAAUGGGUCUGCCCAACGACUACUGGGAGGCCACCGAGCUCAACAAGGACUUUGAGAUGUGCAGUACUUAUCCGUCCAUGCUGAACGUCCCCAAAGGUGCCAGUCAGGCCACUGUACUGGGCAGCGCCAAGUUCAGGAGCAGGGGGAGGUUACCCGUCCUCUCCUACUACCACAAGGACACCAAGGCAACUAUCUGUCGCUGCAGUCAGCCUCUGUCUGGCUUCAGUGCUCGGUGUGUGGAGGAUGAGCAGAUGAUCGAGGCCAUCCAGCAGGCUAACCCCAACUCCUCCUUCAUGUACGUGGUGGACACCCGACCUAAGCUGAACGCCAUGGCCAAUCGAGCGGCAGGGAAAGGCUACGAGAACGAGGACAAUUACACAAACAUCCGAUUCAACUUCCAGGGCAUUGAGAACAUCCACGUUAUGAGGAACAGCCUCCAGAAACUACUUGAAGUUUGUGCAAUGAAGUCCCCGUCCAUGAGUGACUACCUGACGGGGCUGGAGAACUCUGGCUGGCUCAAGCACAUCAAGGCAGUGAUGGAUGCAGGGGUGUUCCUGGCCAAGGCUGUUGCGGAUGAGAAAGCCAGUGUGCUGGUCCACUGCUCUGACGGCUGGGACAGGACGGCUCAGGUCUGCUCCCUGGCCUGUGUCCUCCUUGACCCCUACUACCGCACAAUCAAAGGCCUCAUGGUGCUGAUAGAAAAAGAAUGGAUUUCCAUGGGCCAUAAGUUUACACAUAGAUGCGGGCACCUGGAUGGCGACCCUAAGGAGGUGUCUCCGGUCUUCACUCAGUUCAUGGAGUGCGUGUGGCAGCUGAUGGAGCAGUUCCCCUGCGUCUUCCAGUUCAACGAGCGCUUCCUCAUCCACAUCCACGACAACGUCUACUCCUGCCAGUACGGGAACUUCCUGGGCAACUGCCAGAAGGAGAGGCAGGAGAUGAGGCUCCAGGAAAGGACGUUCUCUUUGUGGCCGCAUCUUCUGGAUCAGGAGAAGCAGUACAUCAAUCCACUCUACAAACGCAAGACUGGUGCUCUCCGACCAAACACUCUGCCACUACAUUUCAAGUUCUGGUGUGGCAUGUACAACCACUAUGACAAGGGCAUGCAUCCUAAACAGUCUGUAUUGGAGCAUCUGCUCUCCCUAACCCAGAAGAAGUCUGAGGGGGAGAAAAACAUGCUGGACUUGCAGAGGCAGUUGGCGGUUGCUGAUGGGGUCCUGGAUGACCCAGCUGGACCGCUCUCCUCUUCACCUACAAAGCAAUGCAGCGACCCCCUGUCUCCACCUACCUCGCCCUUCAACCAGCCAACAAACGGUGAUUUCAACGGCUUGAAAAACGGCCUGGAUAACGAUACUGUUGGCAGUGGUGGUGGUGAUGGUGGUGAUGAUGAUGAUGAUGGUGGAUGCAUGAACGGUGAUCAGUCAGAGCAUUUUCCAGACUCCGACUCAGUAGAUGAGGAAACAGGUAGAGCUGCUGUUACCAUGGACCUGGAAGAUCUGAAGGAGGACGGCACACAGGCCUGUUCUGAGAUCUCCUUGGCGACAGAGUGAGAGUGGUGAGUCGCUAGGCAUCGCUAGGACCCCUACAGUAAGCUAGAGAGAGAAGCACACACUCCAGAAGACUGGGGGAAAUAAAUAGCACUCGUGUCUGAAAGGCCCCAGUGCCGUCAGAUGACUGUUUUCUAUUGUUUAUGAGCAACACACCUGCCAAGGGGGAUUGGGGCGCACCCAAGCUCAUGUUUUAUCGUUUAUGCUCCACAAGCUCAAUAGCUUGAUGAAUGAGAAAUCUUUCCAGCUUGGCUGUUUGCGGAAUCCAUAAAGUACAUCAAGAGGCCUUUUGUCCACAGUAAAUCAUGUAAUAUAUUUUACAGCUAGGCAAUAAAAUUUCUUGUAGGUUUUUUUUAUUAUCGUUUCUUUGUUUUGCGGUCUGACCAAGUUCAAUAUCGUUAUGUGUUUCAAAUGAGGCCAAAUGGUCACAGAGAGCCAUUUCGUCCAAUGAAUGCAUUAUAUUUCAUAGAGAACCACUGUCUUAAUUGGUUGGUCGCCUUUUCAAAAAGAAAUGCUAUGUGAAGAAAGAGGAUAUGAUCAAAGCAAAGUUUUAUGUUUACUAGUUUUUAUUGUGUUUUUUUGUACAUUGUUUCUUAUUCAUUUCGUGUCCUGAUAUGUCAAAAGUUUGUACAUAUUCAUAUAUAUAUAAAGUUUACCCAAGCCAUUACGUAAUAAACAUGGCUGCCCAUAUGAUGUGUCAAAGUACAUUGCCACUGGGGUUUAGUAAAACCAGGGUUGGAAAGGGAAUUGAAACUGCAAUACUAGUGUUUUGUUCUGUUGGCCAAAGUAGCAAAGCACUGCCUUGGAGGGACGGACAUAUUCUUAAGAUGCUUUGAAGUGCCAACAAAAUGGGUGUUUUAAUCUGAUGUCUUACCAGUGGCCAUAUGAACUAGGGUGCCAGUCAUUUCUUAAAACUCGUGGCCUUUUCUCUGUCCUUCAUCUUCACUGUUGAGCUGGGCAAAGUCAGUUUUAUAGAGUAAAGUAUCAUUUAUGAAUUCCGAGGGAAAUUAAGGAACAUAUUGGACUUUCAUCUAACAAUGAAAACACAAAUGGGAUCAAUCGGAGGAAUUACACUGGUUGUCAAACCAACACAGACGCAUCUCCUAAUGUGUUAAAAGCUUAAUUUCCUACCAGAUACACUGUAUCCCGUUUGUAGUAGGAAUGUUAAAUGAAUGCCCGAUAUAAAACAGUUUGAUGAAUUGACUGGCACCCCUAGAGUCUGUUUCACACUGUGGUUGAAUGCACAAGGGGACCGAUGACUGUUUCGUAAAGCUCCAGUGUGCACACUGAUAAUAAGCACUGUUUAUUUUUUUGUGAUCAUUAAGAAAUUCAAUAAUGAGCGCUUUUGGAUGAUGGCUUGUGGCAAUCAAAAGACUUAAAUUGAAGCAAUCUUUUCAAUGUAACUCCUGUUACACGCAUGUUUUUUGUAUGUAUGAUUUUGUUGCUGCAUUUUGUGCAUGAAUGUAUGCUCAGAAGCUUCGAGGAGAGGAUAGGCUUGCAUGUUGACAUGGCAGCAGAAUGGCUAUGAAUCUCAGACCUUUUCCUCCAUGGUCUGAGCAGACUCUCUACACCAGUCCAAAAACUAGGCAGGGGGGUUGACUUGUCAGGCCUGUCUUGUUGGAAGGUAGCUUUUCAGAAGGGAACCAGCUAUAGGCUGUUGCUGUUGCUAUGGAGACGGGAGAUCAACGUACUGAUGUCCGCCCGUCUGCCGCGAGUAUAAAAAGGGAUAUUUUGACUGCUAUUCACUUAUCACUUGUCUCUGUCUCUUGUCAGCCCCAGCUCUUUGUUAUGCACCAGAAUGCUUGGCAUACCUCUCUCUGCCAUACUACAGUAUGUGUAAACUCAAAAGUCCUGGUGACGUUUAGAGGAAUAUUAAGGGAAUGUUGAUGCUGAGGUUCAGGGUGCAAUGUUUGUUUGUGUUGUUGUGGAUGUUGAAAAUAAAGGAAAUGCCAUUUAUA